AUGUUCCCGUUUUUAGCACCAAUUCGAUCAGCAAAUCAUGUAGAGCAACAAGGCACAAAGUACUACGUAGAAAUCACAUUUCUAGCAGAUUCUCCAUAUUCUAGAGCUCCAUCGAGCACUGGCACCGAGAAAUCUGUAAUUCCAACGCUCAGGAAUCUGGAUGACCUGGAGACUGUUUCUAAUAAAAGUAGGAGUAGUGAAGGAGUGAAUAAGCUAGGGAGCCGUCCGAACAGCCGAAGCUCGGCAAUUGUUAAAAAGACGAGUGUGUCCUCACUGCCAACGUCGGCCCGAUCCGAAGGAAAAUCCUCUCCGAUUCCGGUUAAAGAUGCGAUUCCGGCUCCAGCGCGGCACAAGAACAAGGGUCUCGAGAUGUCGUCGGCAAUGAUGGAGCUAUUUGGUGGCGGAGGCAGCACGUCACCAGCGCCAUCAAAACGAGAAAACCCAGCCGACGCGCCAUCCGAUCGUGUUGUAAGCAAUGCUAAACUCUCUCAGCCUGGCCCAGAAUGGUUUGAAGGGUUCGAACAGAUGGAUAUGACGGAUAUUGAACUACCCCCCGACCCGAACUGCCCGGCGGAAAAGGUGUUGCGCGGAGAAAAAUCGACGCCAGACUUCGAUUCGGAUUGGCAAGAAGCGAAAGAAGACGUUUUAGAUCCUCAAAGCUACCCGAAAAGCUUCAACCCCGCCGAAUCGCUUCCCGGUCCAGAUAUUGGCGCCGGCGUUGACGAUGAGGAAGAGCCUGAGGCUGAAGCUCAAGAAAUGGAAGAGCCUCAAUACGAAUCGAAAGUGGACGAAAAAGACGACGACGACAAUGGCUCUUCUUCCUCCAAAAAGGGUCAUCCUUCCGAAGACGGAGAUAGUACAAGAAAUGGAGAGACGCCGACAGACCGACGAAAUAGUGGGGCGAUUGAAGAGACGGCAGACGGUGAGAGCUCUGCGCAGUCGGCUGCUGAGAAGAAGAAUAGUGGAGACGACGGCAACGGAGGCGGCGGUGAAAUGUCGAUUUUGCUCGUCAAAAAUGCUCAAAUUGUCAAUGACGAUGCGAUUUUUGUAGCUGAUAUUCUGAUUGAAGAUGGAAUUAUUCAAAACGUCGCCCCAAACCUCGAAGCUCCAGAAGGCGCCGAAGUGCUCGACGCCGCGGGAAAGCUCGCCCUUCCCGCCGGAAUCGAUGUCUACACUCAGGUCACCGAUUCUUCCGUCGAUGAUCUCUCGACUGGCUGUAAAUCUGCAAUCGCUGGCGGUACCGGAACCAUCGUUGAAGUCGUUCGGCCACGUGGCGCCGAAUCGGUGGUCUCGGCUGUUAAGCGGGUGAAAAAUCAACUGGAAAAGUCUGGAAUCUCGUGCCACGUGGCACUUUCUGUGGCGAUUACGGAUUUCUGUGAGCAAGAAAUGUCGGAGCUCGUGAAAAACGAAGGAAUCAAUAGUUUUGUGCUCGACGGUGUCUCCCUGACAGACGAUAAGCUCCUUGAGCUCUUUGAGCACGUAAAACGGCUCGGAGCCCUAAUCCGUGUAGUCCCGGAGAACAAGUCGAUCGUCGCGAUGCUGGAGAAAAAGAUGCUGAAGCUCGGAGUCACUGGGCCCGAAGGCUUCCCACAGUCGCGGCCUGAAAGCCUGGAAGCUGAUAGGGUUAGCGGAGUCUGUGUACUCGGGAAUCUGGCUUCCUGUCCGAUUUCCAUUGUGCAGGUCUCGUCAGCAGACUCUCUGGCGGCGAUAGAGAAGGCCCGGGCUUCAGGAGCUCUGGCUCACGCUGAGAUUGCAUCGGCUGCUGUGACGGCUGAUGGCUCGGCACUUUUCAGUCAGGAUUUGAGAUUUGCGUCGGCUCAUCUGACGGAUGUUCCACUGAGACGUGGGGCUCCGGAUCGGAUGAUCGGAGCACUUUCGACGCAGCCUCUGGUGGUUUGUACGUCCGGACAUCGGCCGGUCAACUCGGCGACCAGAGUAGCGGCCAAGGAUUUUGCCAUCGCGCAGAAGGGAUCUACGGGAGCCGAAGAACGCAUGGCAGUCGUAUGGGAACGGGCGGUACGAAGCGGUCGAAUCGAUGCGAUGCGUUUCGUGGCGGUCACCUCAACGAACGCUGCGAAAAUGUUCAAUAUGUACCCGAAAAAGGGCCGAAUUGCAGUCGGCGCCGACGCUGAUCUCGUAAUUUGGGAUGCCAGUGGAAAGCGAGUCCUCGAGUCGAGCCGAGCACAGAGCUCACAGGAGAAUUCGAUGUACGACGGGCUCACUGUGCAUUCGGUGGUGACGGCGACGAUUGUUGGCGGAAAAAUUGCCUAUCAGAAUGGAGAAGUUCGGGAGGCACCGGUAGCCGGAGGUUUUCUGCGUCUCUCGCCAAAUUCUCCCUAUCUCUUCAGUAUGGUUGGGCAGAGGGAUAAGUUCGCCAACGUGGAGCGUGUCGAACGAGAAGCCUCCUCACAACAACAAAAACCCCAACAAAACGGUCACCACAAGAAUUCGGGAGAUUUUGAUCGAAAUCGCACCAAAGUAAUGGAAUCUUCCAUCGAUUUUGGCGGCUCCGCGGCGAAUCGGCCCAGGAAUCCACCCGGCGGACGGACUACAGGGUUUUGGUAGCCCGAAAGCUCCUCGAAAAAUGCCAAAAAUUCAUAAUUUACUAUUACUAGUCAUAAUUGUAUUAUUCUAAUCCAUGUUUCCCCCUCCACAAAAAAUGAGCUUUUUCUCCAAAUUUCCUUUUUCCCAUCGAGAGGAAAAAGAUAUUAUCACCGCAGAAAACAAUUUUAAAAACAUUCCACUUUAUUUUUAGUAUUUAUUUAAAUUUUUGGCGUUAAAAUCAUGUUUUUCGACUUCAAAAUGCUCCAAAAUCACUCCAAAAAUUCGAGAAACGGACAAAAAAUUCAGUUAAAAUCUGAAUUUUUUUCUGAAAAAUAACGUGGUUUCAGGUUGUCCCAUCACGGUGUGAUCUACAAAAAUGCGGGAAAUGAGAGAAAACUCUCGAAUUUUUUGUAGAUCAAACCGUGAUGGGACAACCUGAAACCACGUGAAAAAUUCGAAUUUUUUUUUGCUAAUUUGCCUGUUUUUCGGAUUUUUUUUCCCAUUUUCACUACGACAAUCUGUAUUUUUGAGCCAUUUUUUUGAGUAUUUUAACGUUGAAAAAUCGUAUUUUGACGCUAAUAUUUAUUUUACUUUGUAAUAAUUUAUAAUUACACCUGCAUAAUUUUUUUCUUUUUUUCUAUGAGCUUGUAUUGAUCUUUUUCGCAUUUUUUUUGUACCCCUUCCCCUCGUUUUUAAUGUCGAUUUUUGCUAGGUGGCCGCGAAAUUGUAAAAAAUCGGUCAUGUGUCGAUUUACGCAGCUCGUGUAGUCUGAAAAUCUGAAAAUUCUCAUAUUUUCGUUUAAAGUUGGUUGAAAAAUAGAGAAUUUUACAUGAAAACUGAAUAAUUUGAGAGCAAAAAAAUUUAAUUUUAACUGUUUUGCAAAAUUUCGACUGAAAUUCAUCUUUAUUGCAGCAAAAAUUGCAAAAAAUCAAGCAUUUCAGUCACAAAAGCUCCGCAUAAAUCGACCUAAAACACUUUUUUCGAACCACAUGGCAAAUGUCGAUCCCUUCCCCCAACUUUACACAUAAAUAAAGGAAUUUUAUGGGCUAAA